UAGUCAAACAGUUACUUCGUGGCCAUCUUACUAAACUGACGGAUUUUUUGGCAUGCGCGCUACUGCAGCCAAAAACCAGCGAGUUACUUCAGUUGGUUAAACAUUACAAUAUUUUAAUUAUACUAUACGCUGUAGAGAACUACAAAUUUUCGUUUUGAGCAGGAAACUGAAAUUCUUUUUAAAUUGAAAAUCAAAUUAAAUUGAAAAUUUAAUUCAAAAAGUAGUUAAAUUUAAUUAAAUCGAUUUGUGUGAAGAUUAGUGAUUUUCGAGAAAAAAAAAUCAAACGUCUAACGGCAACUAACAGCUGCAAAAGUAAGUUUACAUACAUUUUUGCCGUUAUAAACAACUUGAAUACCAGCUGUCAGCAUUGGAGCAAUGAAACGAUUUAUAACUGCCGCCAAGCUCUUGAUCUUCACGGCCGCAAUCACCGGCUGGUGGUCCAUUGAUGUCGUGGCCGAGUCCUCGACCUUGCAGACGGCCAAGCAAUGGAAGUUGUUCACCUACAACUUCCUACCGCAUGCACCGAUACACGAUUUGAAUUUCUAUAAUCCAUCCAAUGUGCUAGCAACCGGUAUUGCCGUCUCACACGACCGGAUUUUCAUAGCUACGCCGAAAUUGUUCUCUGGCGUCUCGUCGACCAUCAAUGUGGUGUCGAAGGCAGAAUUUGGCGAUUCGCCGGUGCUGCAGGCCUACCCAGACUGGACAUUCUCUACCACCGGUCGCACAGAUUUUAAUUGCAGCGAUUUGGUGUUGGUCUCUGUAUAUCGCAUGCGUAUCGAUUCGUGCAAUCGCUUGUGGCUUCUAGAUGCUGGUGUGUCGCGUUCGCUCGAAGACUACGAAAUCACUUGUCCGCCAAAGAUUUUAAUUGUUGACUUGAAUACCGAUCAGGUGGUGCGUCGUGUGGACUUUCCCAAGGAAAUUCUUCGUGGCGAGUCUCUGUUUACGAAUUUAGUCAUUGACGAGACGACCUCCAAACUUGGCAACUGUGACGAUGUAUUUGCGUACAUAUCAGACACUGUGGAACCGGGCAUUAUCGUCUACGAUAGUGGUCGCGAUGUUACAUGGCGUGUAUCACACCCGGCUAUGUACCCCGAUCCAGAUUUUGCACAGUCCGAGAUUUUGAACGAUCGCUUUAUAUUGAUGGAUGGCGUUGUGGGCUUGGCAUUCGAUCCCAAAUUGGGUGUGUUAUACUUCCAGCCAUUGGCAACGGAUCGUCUAUUCUCCGUCACUAAGGAAGUGUUACGUGCCGGUCCCCUCGCACAAAACGAAAUUCUCAAAGUAAAAUUAGUCGGCAAGAAGUCAUCACAGGGCAUCGGUCUUACCAUUUCACCCAUCGAUGGUAGCGUUUUAUUCAGUCCCUUAACUGAAACCGCCAUAGCUGCAUGGACGCCAAGUAAUAAUAAUCAAAUUGUGCUUGCGCACGAUCGUGAUCGUUUACAAUUUGUGGCUGACAUGACAACAACACCACAUGAACCGGGCGUUGUCUAUGCUGUCUCUUCAAAAUUCCAUCGUUUCUUUUUGAAAAACCUGAAUCAUAAUGAGAUUAACAACCGAAUCUUACGUUUGCCAUUAAUCGGCGAAUACGGCACAACGCACAGCUCCAGCGCUCCGACCAUCGCUUUGCAGACGAUCAACAAAGCCUCCAACUAUUACGGUAGUCCGUAUAAAACGAAUGCUCUGCAUAAAACGAAUGUCGUUAGUUUUGGCAAUUAUGUCUAUAAUGGCCUACAAGGACCGACGAAGUCGCAGACACCAUACAAUUAUGAAACUGUGGGACUAAUCAAUUUCUCCGCACGCAAUCCAUUCACCGCACUAAAUGCGGGCGAGAACUUCCCGCCACGCAAAGAGCAGCGUUCAAACGAUCUGCGACCCUCCUAUCUGGAUAGCUUGAAUAGCAGUGAAGGCGUACUGGCAGGUCGUGGGCUGCGUUAUCUCAUACCGACCACCACAUCUCCCGCCACACACAGCAGCUUACACACGUCGGUGUUGCCUUUUGGUUCCGAUUAUACACUGCGUCGUCAUUUACGUAAUACCGAAGGUCAGCUGGUAACCGAGAAAGCUGAGUCGUCAACAGCAGCUAUUAAGGGCUAACAGUAAACAGCUGCUGAAGUGAUGUGAAGUUUAAAGUCAAAAUUUGUGUGCCUCAAUAAUUUAUAUGCUUGUACUUACAUAGUAUGUAUAGUAUGUGCAUGUAGUACAUAUUCUCUAUUUAUUGGGAACAGUACCGGGUGCUGGGUACAGCUUUUUUCUGGGGGAUGUUGCUGAGAAACGUAAUUUAUGUACAAUGUGUGUAUGUAUGCAUGUUAAAUUUAUUAGUUUAUUUAGUAAAACUUUAUAUUUUAUUGUUUUGAGU